CGUUUAUUAAAUAUUAAAGCAUGUGGUGUCGAAUUGACACCCUCGAGCCACAAGCCCUUUAUCUGAAGGUCAGACAAGACCUUUAAUGUCAGGGCAUGCACUUUACCUGGUGCACGCUCUAGUUUCAGUCAACCUAAAUUUGUAUAAUGUAGAUCUUUUGCUGGCAGAAUGGAGCGACGCACAUCCCGCACUGAGGAGGAGCGCGCGGAGAGGAGAGUGCGGUUCCGCGUGGCGUCGGCGCACAGCGGCCGCGUGCUGAAGGAGGUGUUCAGAGACGCGCUCGAAGACUCCGCGGACACCGACACCACUGCGAGCUCAGAGCCGGAGCGAGCAAACUCGCCCGUUAUCACGGAGGCCAACGGCCACCUGAGCGGCCUGCUGCUGGGGCCAGAACCGGACGACAGCGGCAGCGAACCGGACGAGCUGCUCAUGUACGCCAGUGCAACAAAGGAGAAGCUCUUCACCGGAAAACGCGUGAACAUCUUCAGCAAGAACGGAACGAUUCGGGGCGUGAGGGAUAAAGUGAGCGCGGGACAGGUGCUGUUUAACAACCUGUCCAAAAUGUAUGGGGUGUUUUCAUCAGAUGCACCCAACAAAGUCUCAUAAUUCAGAGGACAAUUAUUACAACCAUCAUAUAUACAGUAUCACGCAUUAUCAGAUAUAAUAAUAAAGAAUUAUUACAGUACAAUGUGAAAGUGUAAUCAAGUGUUACAGCAAGUAAAAAGUUUGGACACACCUACUCAUUCUUUAUUAUUACUUAUUAUUACAACAACAAAAAGUAAACUAAAUUGAAACUUGUCUGGUGUAAUAUAUAUAUUUGUGUAGAAAUGUCUAGAUACAUUUUUUUAAUCAAUUUGGUUUUAAAAUCAGGUGUUCAAACUUCACUUAAAGAAUGUUUUUUUUUUGUAUAAAAAUAAUGCUUCCAAUGUAAUGUUACUGUAGUUAGCCUGUAUAUUACUCGCUCUUGAAGAAACCGCAAAAUAAUUUAUCUUGCUAGCUCUAUAACAUCAGUUUUGUUGUUACAGUAUGACUCUAAAUGUUACUUGCCAGAUCGUACUUGUCAAUAUUAUUUGGUUAAAGGUUCACACUAUUUCACCAUUUUCUGUAAUGUGUGUCUUUCAAAGGAUUCACUUAUUAUGAACCGGCC